AAAAUCUAAUCAAUAGUUUAGAAAAAACUAAUCAUUAAUUUCUAUAUGACUUAUAUAUUCAUUACAUUUACUCUCUUUUAACGCAAACUAUUUUUAAUCAUUGUUUUUAGCGAUUAAUUUGUCUCUCAUUUCUGAGUUGAGAAACACUUGGGAUUUGAUAUAAUUUUUUUAGUUAAUUAAUUAAUUGAUUGUUUGGAACAGUUCUGUGACCAACAAAAUGGUUAAAGUAUUGAGUGGUAAAGAAGUGUCGGAACAGAUUCGCGAUAAACUGCGCGAAGAUGUGAAGAAGUUAUCGUUGGCGCCGGUGUUGGCUAUUGUUCAGGUCGGCGGUCGGGAGGACUCCAAUGUCUACAUCCGUAUGAAGAAGAACUUCGCCGAAUCGGUGGGAGUGACAGCCAAUCACAUCCAACUCCCAAACACUACCAAUGAGAAUGAGUUGAUCAGAAAAUUGGAUGAACUCAACAAAGAUAAGUCGGUUCACGGGAUUAUAGUUCAGUUGCCGUUUGAUUCCGUGCAUCCGAUCGAUGCAAAUAAGAUCACAAAUCUAGUGGCGCCCUAUAAAGACGUGGACGGUUUGUCGAAUGAAAAUGCGGGCAAACUAUUGCACGGAGAGGCGGACGGGAGCAACAGUUUCCUGCCCUGUACUCCAAAUGGCUGUAUGGAACUGAUCAGGAGAUCCGGGGCUCAAAUCGCCGGAUUGUGUGGAUUAGGCGCCAACGCUGUGGUUGUCGGGCGAAGUAAGAUUGUGGGCUCACCGAUGGCUCAGUUGCUAAUCUGGAACAACGCGACGGUCACUGUCUGUCACUCGAAGACCAAAAAUAUUAAGGAAAUUGUCCAAAAUGCUGAUAUCCUUGUCGUAGCGAUUGGACAGCCAUUGCUCGUCAAAAAGGAUUGGAUUAAACCGGGAGCCGUUGUCAUUGAUUGUGGCAUUUCCUCGAUUCCCGAUUCGACCAAAAAGAGUGGUUCCAGACUUGUUGGGGAUGUAGACUAUGCGGAGUGCAAAGAAGUGGCCGGUGCUAUAACACCAGUGCCGGGCGGUGUUGGACCCAUGACCGUAGCUAUGCUUAUCAGUAAUACAGUCGAUGCGGCAAAAGUGGCAUUGAGAACACAAUCGUCUCACCAGUCGUGGGAUAUCGAGCACUUGAAACUCAAUAAACUGAAUCCCGUUCCCAGCGAUAUAGCGAUAGCCCGUUCCCAUCGCUGUAAACCAAUUAAACAAUUGGCCGCUGAAAUCGGUUUAUUGGAAGACGAAUACGAGCCAUACGGAGCAUAUAAAGCAAAAAUUACAAAACAUAUUCCCGUCUUUGACAAGAACUCAGUUCGAGGGAAGUAUGUUGUGGUCACUGGUAUUACACCCACUCCUCUCGGAGAAGGGAAAAGUACAACAGUAUUGGGUUUAUCGCAAGCAUUGGGCGCUAAUUUGCAUCGAAAUGUGAUUACAUGCAUACGACAGCCGAGUCAGGGCCCGACUUUUGGCAUUAAAGGCGGUGCUGCGGGCGGUGGGUAUUCGCAGGUCAUUCCUAUGGAUGAAUUUAAUCUACAUUUAACGGGCGAUAUUCAUGCUAUAACUGCGGCCAAUAACUUGGUUUCGGCCGCAAUUGACGCCCGAAUAUUUCACGAAUCCACUCAAUCGGACACCGCUUUGUUCAGUCGAAUUGUUCCCUCAAAGCCCGGCAAAAAGCGAGUCUUUUCUGCCAUACAAUUGCGAAGACUUGAAAAGCUAAGAAUUCCCACAAAUCUCGCUCCAAAUGAAUUAUCUACUGAACAGAAGUCAGCCUUCGCUCGGCUUAAUAUAAACCCGGACUCUAUUACUUGGAAUCGAGUUAUGGACGUAAACGAUAGAUAUUUGCGUCAAAUUACUAUCGGAGAGGCGCCCACAGAGAAGGGCUUUUCAAGAAAAACACAAUUUGAUAUAUCAGUUGCGAGUGAAUUGAUGGCAAUUCUGGCGCUUUGCGAUAACUUAGGCGACGCUAAAGAAAGGAUUGGACGGAUAGUUGUCGCCUAUUCUAAGGAUGAAAACCCUGUUCCCAUCACUUGCGAUGAUUUAGGAGUUACCGGCGCUGUAACCGUUCUCAUUAAAGAUGCAGUAAAACCCACUUUAAUGCAGUCAUUGGAAGGAACGCCUGUCUUUGUUCACUGCGGUCCAUUUGCUAACAUAGCACAUGGUAACUCAUCAAUAAUUGCCGACAAAAUUGCUUUGGAUUUAGUGGGAGAAAAGGUGACUGAAUGUGGAUUUGGCGCUGAUAUUGGAUUUGAAAAGUUUGUUAACAUAAAGUCCAGGACAUCAGGCAUAUUCCCUGAUUGUGCUGUUUUGGUGGCCACUGUUCGGGCCCUUAAGAUGCACGGCGGAGGACCUAAUGUCACGCCCGGAGCCACUAUUCCU